CACUUCAUCACUUCAAAUCCUCUCGUUGAUCAAACUUUGUUAAUUUUCCGACGAAACAAUAAGAAAAACAUCAAUGGCGGUUUCGAAUUCUUUAACUAUCUCUCCGAGGAAACUCCGGUCUGAUCUCUACUCAUACUCAUACCAAAACAAUUCCGAGACACCUCUGGUUAUCUCUGUUUUAUCGUCACUGAUCGAUCGAACUCUGACACGAAACGAGAGGAUUAGCCGGAGAGCUUUGCCUUCCUCCGGCGCCGGUGGCAAAACUCAGAUCUUCGAUUGCCGUGAAAUCCCUGAUAUGACCAUCCAAUCGUACCUAGAGAGGAUUUUCCGGUACACUAAAGCCGGUCCUUCGGUUUACGUGGUGGCUUAUGUCUACAUUGACCGGUUUUGUCAAACCAAUCCCGGUUUUAGAAUCAGUCUCACCAAUGUACAUCGUCUCCUCAUCACCACUAUCAUGAUCGCUUCUAAAUACGUCGAAGAUUUGAAUUACAGGAAUUCAUAUUUUGCGAAAGUAGGUGGAUUAGAGACAGAGGAUUUGAAUAAAUUAGAGUUAGAGUUUCUGUUCUUGAUGGGAUUCAAGCUACAUGUGAAUCCAUGUUCUGGCCACAAUAAAACCCACUGGAACACCGCCGGCAUCACUUGGUAUGGCGACCGCGAAGGUCCUGGCAGCACAGGAGGAGCAUGUGGAUAUGGUGAUGCAGUGGCAAAGCACCCGUACAGAUGUAUGGUUUCAGCCGGAGGACCUUCAUUGUUCAAAGAUGGAAAGGGUUGUGGGGCAUGUUACAGGCUUAAGUGCGAUCAUCCGUUGUGCACGAAAAAGCCGAUCAAGGUGAUGAUAUCGGAUGAGUGUCCCGGCUGUACGAAGGAGGCUGUUCAUUUUGAUCUUAGUGGCAAGGCCUUUGGUGCAUUGGCCAAACGAGGCAAGGGCGAUCAACUACGCAACCUUGGAGAACUAAAAGUUAGUUACAAACGUGCAUGUUGCAAACACCCGAAGGCUAAGAUCGCUAUCCAUGUCGACUCCGGAGCAAAUCCUUACUACAUGUCAUUCGCAGUUAAGUUUGCAAACGGUGAUGGGAACUUCGCCUGCAUCGAGGUCCAACCGGCAGGAGGAAAGUAUUUGAAAAUGGAGGAAAUGAGAUCCGCUGUUUGGAGACUAAGCCCUGGUGUUCCAUUGAAAGGUCCGUUCAACAUCAGGCUUACCUCUGCCGUGUCUGGUAAGAAGAUCGUUGCGAAAGGCGUUAUCCCGGAAAAGUGGAGUCCUGGUGCUAUUUACCAUUCUAAGAUGGAGAGUUACAAGUGCAGGGUUUGCUUUAAGAGCUUUGUUAAUGGAAGAGCUUUAGGUGGUCACAUGAGAUCUCACAUGCCGAGUCUUCAUGUUGAUGAAGAUGUAGAACAAAGGCCGAGUCAACUCAGUGAUGAGACUGAGUCGGAUGUUUCAUCGUCUUCUUCAGAGGAAAAGAGAAAUGGUUUGAGAGAGAAUGAUCCGAAGUUCUCUGUUCUUCUUGAAGAUGGUGAAAGCGAGACCGAGUCUUCUAGGAAUGUUAUUAACCUGACUCGUAAACGAUCUAAACGAACUCGGAAACUCGAUUCGUUUGUAACCAAGAAGGUGAAAACGAGUCAACUCGGGUACAAGCCUGAGUCUGAUCAUGAGCCUCCUCAUAGCUCAGCUUCUGAUACAACGACGGAGGAAGAUCUCGCCUUUUGUCUCAUGAUGCUCUCGAGAGAUAAAUGGAAGAAGAACAAAAGUAAUAAAGAAGUAGUAGAAGAGAUCGAGACAGAAGAAGAAUCAGAAGGUUACAACAAGACUAAUCGAAUAAAAGGGAGAUACAAGUGUGAGACUUGUGGGAAAGUGUUCAAAUCUUAUCAAGCAUUAGGUGGGCAUAGAGCAAGUCAUAAGAAGAACAGAGUAAGUAACAAAACAGAGCAACGAAGCGAAACAGAUUAUGAUAAUGUGGUUGUUGUUGCUGAGAAGAGAAUCCAUGAAUGUCCGAUUUGUCUUAGAGUUUUCGCAUCGGGACAAGCACUUGGAGGUCAUAAGAGAUCUCACGGGAUUGGGAAUUUGUCUGUGAAUCAGCAUCAUCAAGUUCAUAGAAGAAACGAGUCUGUGAAACAGAGGAUGAUAGAUCUUAAUCUUCCUGCACCAACCGAAGAAGACGAUGUCUCUGUGGUGUUUCAAUGAAUGCUGAAUAAAGGUAACAGACUUUG